AUGCGAACUUUUAAGGACUUGUUGCGCUUUUACAAUAAUCUGGAUUUCGAGCCUUUUCUUGAAGCCUUGGAGUCAAUUUGACAUUCCUACACGGGGCUGAGAAUAGAUAUUUUGAAAGAUGCGGUACCUCUGCCAAGAGUCUCAAUGAAAUAUCUCCUUCGUGGUACGCUUAGAGGAAUACUAACUGGGAGAUUCACACUUAACCAAAGAGACUCUCUGGAGUUGUACACCCCAGGGGAGAAGGGCUACGAAAUUCUCAAAGGCGCGGUUGUCAAGGGGCCGAGCCUUGUGUUAUGUCGAAAACGAGAAUCCGUACGCACAAGUUCCAAGACGCGAAGAUGUGUCCAAGAGUUCUGGCCUACGACGCCAACGCGCUGUAUCCAGACACAAUGGAGGUCGUUGCGCAAUAG